AUGGUCAACCGCGGGCCCUCCGGAGGGUGUGCAACAUGCAGACAGCGACGCGUCAAAUGUGACGAAGGGAAACCAGAAUGCCGGACAUGUGGCCGUCUCAAGCUACGCUGCGGAGGCUACAGGACGCAGUCUGCCUCUACCAAUCACAAGUUCAAGUUCAGAGACCAGACUCACAAAUUCAAGAGACCUGCAGGUGCUUCCGUACAGCGAACAGUGAAACCCAAAUGCCUGCCUCAAGCCAGCCCUACCCUACACUCGCUAUCUGCACCCGAUACAGCCGUUCCGUUCUUCUUGCUCCAUUACGCUCUCACCGGCCGGGACAUGGAAUCAGCGCGUGGAUUCUACGAGAUCCUGGUCCCGGAGUACGCCGCACAGCCGGCGGACUCGGCUCUAUGCCUUGCGGUGUCAGCCCUGGCUUCAGAAACCCUGUCUUUGUGGCGGCGCGGUGCUGGCCUCCGCUCAGCCGAAGCAUCCUACACCCAAGCGCUCGCGUGUCUUCGGCGUACCGUCUCGAACGCUACAGAACGUGGUAAAACAGCAACCCUACUGACAGCGCUCGCUCUGCAGAUGUACGAGAAUGUAGCCGCUAUAUACGGCCUCCGCUCGGGCGCUACACGAAUCCACCACGACGGGGCAGUCUCCCUCCUCUCCUUUGCGGCGCCCAGUCACACGAACAAGAUAAGCGCGUAUGUUCGGAGAUAUAUCCUCCACUCUGAAGUCUCCUCGGCCCUCCGCCAGAAAAGAUCAUUGCGGAGCAAUGCGUACUCGUUGAUCGCUACCCAAGACCAAGAUCUCCUCGCUGCGCCGGAUAACCCCAGCUCAACGCUCGAUCUCAUCGGGACGGCCGUGGCUGAGCUGCAGGCUCGUUACGACCUCGCAAGCCAAGAUUGCACCGCGCUCCUGUCCCAGCACCUCAGAGAAAAGUGGCAUGCAGAGGCGAAUCGCCUCGACGAACAGCUCUUAUCAUGGGCCCAGAGCGUUCCAUCCCAUUGGCAGCCAGUAAGGCUCACUGGCAGCGAAAUAGACCCCUCAAUCCCCACCUACAAUCUAACCUGCGAGAUCUACCCCUCGUGUCAAAUCGCAAACGUGUGGAACCUGUGGCGCUGCCAGCGGCUUAUCCUGGCUAAAAUCACUCUCACCUCACUCACUGCUGUAUUCCACCGCGAGCCAGGUGAUCAGCUCAACCUCGUCAAAUCUAAACAACCCCUCCAGGACCUCGUCGAUUCGCUCUGCUACAGCGUGCCCUUCUACCUGGGUAAUCGGAUGAAACCCUCAAGCAUGCGCGAUUUCACCGACCCGAGCAUUGUAUUCCCAACUUCGCCUCCAUCGGACCACGCAGGAUACCCCGCAAUACAUCCCGACAACCACAAGCGCCACCUCAUCGCCCAAGGCCAUUGGCACAUCAUGAGCCCGCUGGGCUGCUUACUGAGCCUCCUCUCCGAAGACGGGCAAAUACUCGCGGGCCAUCUGAGAGAGGGACAGGCCGACUGGAUUCGCGGACAGUUCCUGCGUGUCGCGACUCUGCUUCGGCUUCGAGAUGAGGGGUCUGGUGGAGUGGAAGGACGGCGCUUGUCGAACUCGCCCUUGUCUAGCAGCGGGACGCCGGAUCUUAAGGCGGAGUCUUUGGCGAAGAGCGUUAGGAGGGCGGCUGUCUUUCUGAGCGGGCCUUGA